AAACAGAAAGUAGUGAUCCAAUAAAAAACGAUUAAGUAUCCGUAAGGUGAAACGUGGUACAAAUGCAAACAACAAAACAUACACUCUGGACAAAAAAAAUUAAUGCUAAGUAAUCAAGAAUACCGAAGCAAAAUGGAAACAUUUUAAAAUCAGACAGCAUAACAAAUCCAAAAAGGUUUUACGAAGGUAUUCUUUGCAAACGAAGACCGAACGCACAUGAGAUCUUGAAUCCUUCACGUGGGAAGAUAUAUGGUUACUUCCAAAAUCUGGAGAUACAUACAUUUUUAAAAGGUUUCUUUCUGUUUCUUUUUUAAGGUACAAAUCCUAGUGACAACGAUGAUUAAAAAAAAGUGUAAUUGAACUUAUCUUUUUGUGUUCAUUUAUGAACUUACUUUCAAUUAUAAUUAUUGACAUUGCCAUUGUCCCAAAAUAGUAAUUCAGAUGGAUUCGUUGAUGGCUUAUUAGUCCGAUGGGAUUCCUAUAUAAAACUUCACUGUGGCACUCCGAUAUCAAACACUUCCAAUUCAACUUUUGUGCGUUGACGACUCAGACAGAGUUUAAUUUUAAAUUUUAACAAACAAUAAACAGAAACUUAAAAAAACUUACCAUGAAGACAGUUUACGUAAGCCUAUUGAUUGCAGUUUUAGUGGCUGUAGCGAUUUCUGCCGAAGUAAAAGAAUCCGACUGCCCAACAUUUUGUACUUUUGAUUACAGGCCAGUUUGUGGAUACGAUGGAAAUUGCUAUAAUAAAUACGGUAAUGAAUGUACCUUGAAGGUUGACCGAUGCACCAACGCAAAGAAAAAGGAUCUUAAGACUGUGGGUAUGGAGCGUUGUGAGGAAGCACUUGCAAAAACAAACCCAAAUGUUGUAACGUGUCCUAAGGAAUAAUUGGAUUUUAUUAAUUUUUUAAGUGUUGCAUAAUUUUAUCAUGGUUUAUUUAUAAUUUCAUUUAAAUAUAAA